AUGAAAUCAUCGUAUUGUGAUGAUGUUGAUCUACAUUCUCUUGGUUCAGUGGAAAAUGAAACAGACGACAGUUUUAACGAUGAAUUAAAACCCGAAGAAAAUAAUGGCGUUGAAAAUGACCCAGCACUCUGGCCAUCAAAGAGAAAAAGAAGAGUUAAUCUAAAAAGGGCCUUUCCAAAAGAAGUUCUUUUCAUUGCAUUGCCUAAUGGAGAAAAAGUUCAACGAGAUUAUCUGAUAUGGAGCCCAUCGUCUAACUCUCUAUUUUGUUUCCCGUGUUCUUUAUUUGGGUGUGAAAAUUCCGGAUCUUAUGGGGAUCGAUCUCUUCUUCUUCGCUGGAUUGGAGGAAUAAAAAAUGACUGGAGAAAAUUGAAUGAUCGUAUCAAAAGUCAUGAUAGCAACCCAGUUCAUCAAAGUCAUUAUCUCAAUUGGAAGACUUUGCACUCAGCUCUUGUCGAUCAGCGCGGGAUCGACUCAGAGUUUCAAAAGGCACUAGAACAGGAAGUAGCCAGAUGGCGUGAAAUACUUCGUUGUAUUUUAGAUGCAAUUUUAGUAUUACAGAAUUUCUAUUAUCUACAUUUAACUAACUUAGAAAAGAUUUUUUUAGGGCAAUAUUCGUCAAUGGAGAAGAACGAGAAAGGGAACUUUUUAAGUUGCCUUGAACUUAUUUCUCGUCACAACGAAACAUUAAAGAAUCAUCUUGAAACAGUUGCUCGUCAUCAAAAUAAAGGAGCCAGAAUGCAAGCUCACUAUCUCUCCUGGCAAUCACAAAACGAAUUCAUCAGUGAAUGCGCUACAUUAGUUCAAGCAGCAGUUGUGAAAGAAGUAAAAGAUGCCGUAUAUUUUAAGAUAAUUACCGAUGGGACCCCAGAUGUAUCUCACACCGAACAAAUCACGUUUGUUCUUCGAUUUGUGAGAUUCAACUCGGGUAAGAUGAUUUGGGAAGUUAAAGAACGAUUUCUCUGCGUUGAAGAUAUGGAAAAAAAGAAAGGUGCAAAUAUUGCUUAUUUAAUUUGCAACGUUUUAGCGAAAGUGAAUCUCGAUUUACAAAAAUUGAGAGGCCAAGGGUACGAAAAUUGUUCUAACAUGGCUGGAAUCUAUAAUGGAGCCCAAGCUCAUAUACUGGAAAAAAAUCCGUUCGCUUUAUAA